UCUCCUCUGUCCCCCCCUCCAAACAGAACCCAACAGCCGAAUACCGAGAAAAGAGAGAGAGAGAACCAGGGGAAAGAGAGAGAGAGCUUGGAGAGCCAAUUGAGAGAGAGAUCUAGGGUUUGUGGAAAGAAGGAAAAAAAAAAAUAAUACAACCCUAGAUACGCCUGCAAUCCUCACCCUCGCUCUCUCUCUCUCUCCCUCUUUAUCGACUUCAUUUGACUUUCGACUCUCCACCCCCAUUUUUGUAUCGACCGGAGAUCUUCUCUUCUUACUAUUGUGAGAAAACGAUGGUUCUGUGGGUCUUUGGUUAUGGAUCGCUGGUCUGGAACCCAGGGUUUGACUUUGAUGAGAAAAUAAUAGGUUUCAUCAAGGAUUACAGGCGUUCCUUUGAUCUUGCAUGCAUAGACCACAGAGGAACACCUGAGCAUCCAGCUAGAACGUGCACUUUGGAGGCAAAGAAAGGAGCAAUCUGUUGGGGAGCUGCAUAUUGUGUUAAAGGUGGACUAGAAAAGGAAAAAGCAGCAAUGCAGUAUUUGGAGAGAAGAGAAUGUGAAUAUGACAAGAAGACAUCAGUGGAUUUUUACACGGAAGAAGAUAUAGAAAGCCCGACUGUUACAGGAGUUGUUGCUUUCAUCUCUACUCCUGAUAGGAGUGUGAACAAGUACUAUCUUGGUCCUGCUUCUCUAGGUGAAAUGGCAUGGCAAAUUGCUACAGCAACUGGCCCUUGCGGCAACAAUAGGGAAUACUUGUUCUUGCUAGAGAAAGCUAUGUUCGACAUAGGUCAUGAAGAUGAUUUUGUGAUCAAAUUGGCGACCGAGGUGAGGAAGGUACUCGCUAGGUUAAAGGACCAGAUGAUUGCUGGAUCUCACAUCUUAUUAAAGUCUCAUCGUCCUCUAAUGCACAUUUCUGCCCUUCCGGAAACCACCGUUGUCAACUCGAGAUAAGCGUGUCAUUUUGAGGCUUAGUAUAGCAAAAAUGGAAGAGUUUUCACGAAAUUCAACUACCACCCUUUUCUCUCUCGAAUAAUUCCCCCGAGGGUUCCUCUCGCUCUCUCUUUAUCAUCUAAUUGUUGGGUCUUCUAAUUACUCAGUAUUGGCUGAUGUAAUCGUAUGUUUGGGUCUUCUAAUUACUUAGUAUUGGCUGAUGUAAUCUUAUGUAAUGCUUGACUUGCUAGGAUGAAUCAGACAUGCAGUUACUCCAAAAUGGUAACAUGUUGCUAGUUAGUGGUUCUUUGAUCAAUGAGGAAAUUUGAUAUUGAUUCCUACAAA